AAUUUUCGCCGCGCCACCGAUUUUGUCGUGCGAUUGCAACACACCAUCGCAAACACUAGCCGCGGCGUGUCAAUGUGACACCACGUAAAAACAGAGUAAAGAAGGUGAGAUAAAGGUGGGACUCUCCCGGUGGGAGAUUCGGCAAGGCUACAGGUGCAAAUAUAAAACGCACGUCCAGCCACCCGGCCGACAAGUUUUCAGUCGCGGCUUACAUAAGCACUUCGUCCGACUUCUUUGCGUUUUAUUACCACGAGUCAUCAACCGCCAACGAUAUGAAGUCAAUCGUGUUGUUGGGUGUCGUAGCACUCGCUGCGUGUGUACAAUCCGGAGGAUACGGUCUUCUUGGCGGUGACGGCGGCUACCAGGGUGGAUACGGCGGAGGAUACGGAGGAGGAUACGGCGGUUAUGGUGGGUAUGGCGGUUACUAUCCGGGCGGAUACAAUAGGCCCUACUAUCCGCCAAAUUACUAUCGCCCAGGCACUGGUACUUCAACUUCUACAGGCGGUUACAGACCAGGUUACUCCGGAUAUCGUCCAGGGUAUGGCGGAUACGGUGGAUAUGGUGGUAACUCCGGCGGGUAUGGUGGUUACGGAGGGUAUGGAGGAUAUGGUGGUCUCGGCGGCGGCUAUGGAGGUUACGACAACAUAGGCUACACCAACAAAUAUGGCGGUUAUGGAGGAUCUGGAGGGUAUGGUGGUUAUUCUGGCUAUCGCCCUGGCGGCUAUGGCAGUUCGGGAUAUGGCGGAUACUACGGCGGUCAGUCCAGUUACAGUGGUUAUCCAAAUAACAACUACUACGGCAACAGCUUGUCUGGGUACAACGGCGCGGUGGGCUACGGCGGCGGGAACAACGGCUACGGCGGAUACGCUGGCUAUGGCGGUGCCGGUUUCUUUAACAAGAAAUAACUCCAGAUUGAGCAACCAAUGAGCCACACCAUUAUUUAUUAAGCAUCGACCUACCCAAUAAGACUCCGAAUUUUAUUACCAUGUAAAUGUUGAUCAUGCAUUGUAUAUUUACCUGUAUGAAUAAGUACAACUUACGUAUAAGACCGUCUAUAAUAUACACCAGAAAGCGAAAA